CAACUAGAAGACGCUCCUAUCGAACGAGACACCAUGAAAGAAGAAACUCUAUACGAGGCCACCGAGGAUGACACUCAGAAGGAGAGUGACCCAGAGGAUGAUGCCCAAGAAGACUAUCCACAAGAUGACGAUGAAAUAGAGCAUGACAUGGAAAACAGUGAAGAAGACGAGGAAUUGGAAGAAGAGCAAGAUGAGGACUAUUCAGAUUCAGACCGAGAAGAGGGUUUCUUAGACAUGCCAAAGGAAGACGUUACUUGUGGUAAACAUUUCUUCAGUCUGACAAAAAAAUGUUGCAAUGGCAAAGUGGUCCCAAAGAAAUUCAUAUGCCUUAGUCUUCCCCUGAAGUGUGGUUGGCGUCGCUACAACCCAAAGACCCACCGAUGCUGUAACCUCGGAAAAUUGCGUAAAGUCGUUCCACGAUAUGCAAUCUGCCCUAGUCCUCCCCUAACGUGUGGUUUGCGUCGCUACAACCCAAAGACCCACCGAUGCUGUUACCUCGGAAAAUUGCGUAAAGUCGUUCCACGAUAUGCAACCUGCCCUAGACCUCCCCUAACGCGAACGUGUGGUUUGCGUCGCUACAACCCAAAGACCCACAAAUGUUGUGAUCGCCGAAUACUCACUCCCUUAUAUCGUAGUUGCCCUCUGAAGUACUAGUGGUUUCCUACAAUCCAGUGAUCUGCCAAGUACCUUGACCAGAAAGUCAACGAAUUUUUCCUCGUGGGAGUUUUCAUGAAAAGUAACAAUAUGGGUAAAGCCGCACUACUCUAAGUAAAACUUAAGAGCAAUUAAUGUCCUAAUCUGACGACGAUGCUAAUGUUUAAGACAUUUAUGUAAUGUUCGGUUGAAAUAAACUUAAAUGCUUUCCUCAUUAA